AGUGAGCAUCAGUUUGACGUAGGAUGGCAUACAACUAGACGCCAUCUUGAUUUGCACCUUAUAAUACCCACUUUAAAAAAUGAUUUGUUUUCCUUCAACCAGGAUCAAUUAUAAAAAGGAGCAUCAAGAAGAUCAACUUCAUUUCUGACCUUAUACUACGAAGAUUUAUAUCGCAAGGAACUGAAAAUAAAGAUCUUUCUACAGGUGCAUACUCUGAUCAGGAUGGCGGCGAACUUUAGCUCUGCAGGAGACAUCUGUGCAGGAGAGAACUGUGAGGCAAUCACUAAUGUGACGUACUACGUGAAGGAGAAGAAGAAGCUUUGCGAUGACUGCGCUUCCAAAGAGGGAUGCAUCGGAAAAGCAAGAAAGGGUGGGUCCAAUCUUUAUUGUAGGAAGCAUGAUGAAGCGAUCAAAUUAUAUUGUAAAACACAUGACGUAGCUCUGUGUUAUUCAUGCGCAAUGAUCGAUCAUCAGCAGCCUUGCGUGCGUCGGGAUAUAGAGGGCGCCAUCAUGGAAAAUAAAGCAAGCCUAAAUGAUUUGAAAGAGAAGGCAAAGAAAAAAUUAGAGCUUUGUCGACUUCAUGGAGAUGAGAUACGUCAGUGUAAGGAAGACACCAACACCCAUCUACAAGCGUUGACAAAAAAGGUCGAUUCGGUAAUAAAUGAGGCGAUCAAAAUAGACAAAGAGAGAGAAAAGGAGGAUGCUGCGAAAAUCAACCAGGAAGUUGAGGAGAAGAAUCAAACCCUUCAAGAGGAGAUUCAAAAGAUUAACGACAAGAUUCGAAAGAACGGUCAGAAUAGAGAGAAGCGACUUGAACUUAACCGUAAAAAUGCAAAAAGAAGACGAGAAAAAAUCGACAAUAAACAAAAUGGUCUUCAAACAGACAUUAAGAACAUCGAUGAAAUGAGAGAAAGAAAGAUUGGUGAGUGGGAAAACUCAUUGCAAGAUAUCAUAAAAACAACAGAGACAGCAGUGCACACACUUGACACAAUACUCGAAGAUGAUCAAAGUGUUGUCAAAGACUGGCAUCUUGUGUACACAUCAGUGAGUGAUGAGCUAAGAAAGCAGCUGUAUUAUGAGCAUGUUUCAACAGUCACUGUUCCCAUAUCGGGUGUGAGGUUUGUGCAGGGUGCUGGGAGAGAAAAGUAUGAUGGGAGGAUUGAUGGGAAUGAUAGGCAGUGGCAGCACAUUGAUACAAUAAAAAGCAAAGAUAACAUCACACACCCGAUCAUUGUAGGAUACAUAGAUGAAUGCAAUGUGAUCAUCACAGAUGACAUGUUUGGUAGCGAUCAUACAUACAUGUUAGAUCUGACCACUAAACACACUCAGAGAGUGAUUACGAGUAGUGGUACAUCAUGUGUUAUCUCCAGUGCGUUGUUGAAUCAUGACAAGGUAGUAUGCGGUAAAUACCGUAAAGGGUGUACAGGGGACAUUUUGACAGGAUGCAUUAGUGUAUAUGACAGACAAUGGAAGCACAUAAAUGACGUCACAAUACCAAGAAAUACAACGGGUGAUUCAACACGGGUGAAUGUAGCUGUUGACCAGGAUGGCAUGAUAAUCGCUGCUGAGUGGUUUCAGUCUAAUAUAUACGUCAUCAACCCAGCCGAUGGUAAGAUCAUGAAUACCAUCACAUGUAAAGAGAAUAUAAUUAUGUCUGAUGUACUGUCAUCAGGGCACAUCAUCGCUCAACCCUCAGGCUUGGAUCACAGAGUGUUCAUUGUCGACAGGCAGGGUGCUGAAACGGCAAUCACCCACAGUCCUUCCGUCGAUAAUGCCUGCGUCGAUCCUACGACAGACGAACUCUACGUCGUGACUUUACUUCAUGAAGAAGAGUUCAGGACGUGUUUGAUUAAUCGGGUGAUGAGUGGGGGUGACAUAGAGAAUCAAAUGGUAGCAUCAUUCGUUCCAUUUAGGCAAUGGGUCCCACUGCCACAACUUUAUGAUUUCCUUCAAUCAUCUAAGGUGUUGAUAACGUCAUCAGGGAAAAUGAUUGCUUGCAACGGGAAAAACAUUCUCGUAUUUAAAAACGGAUUUUCAUUUGAUUAGUUCUCGUUUGAUUACAAUCAUCUAGCCUCUCUAUGUAUACACACAUACGUACGUAAAUAUAUGAUAUGGAUAUAUUUACUAACAUCCCAACAAUUACAGGUAAAUCUCAAAAUAUGCGUUACAACAUGUACCUAGAUAAGCCAUGAGUGUUAAGUAUACAGGAUAACAAAUUUUCAUUUUAAUAAAUGAAUUAUUGUAUAAAUUUAUUUAUUAAAAAUAAAACAAAUAUAGUGUCAUAGUCUAGCAUAUGGAUGGGGGCGCGUUGGCCAGGAUGCAGAACAUCAU